AUGCCGCCUUUUAUCUUGCCUCCAUACCCUGCUCUGGGGUGGAAUGAUGUGCCGCCCCCUCCGCCUGAACCUGCUCAUAAUGAUGUGCAUGAUGGCAAUUGGGGUCACUGGGAUGAGCCUGCUGUUGAACCUGCGUAUGAACCUGCUGUUCAGGAUCAAGAAUCCAUGGUGUUUAACCACUCUGCUCAGCCAAGCUCCGAUAUGCAGCAACAGGUGCCUCCUGCUCCUUUCAUUCUUAUUGAUGAGGCUGAACCAGAGAACCAAGCUGAUCCGAUGGAGGUUGCACUGAUCUGGUGGAUGGGUUUAAAUUCUGAGAAUAGGCAAAGUGCUGUCAGACAAAAAAUUGAUGAAAGUCAUUGUGCUAUUGCUUGCUUACAAGAAACUAAAUGUACCUCAUUUGAUUCCAGAGCAAUUAAAAGUUUCUGUCCUAAGAGAUUCGACAGCUUUGCUUUCUCUCCUUCUUUGGGGACCUCUGCUGGAAUACUUGUUGUUUGGAAUUCUUCUGUCUUUGAUGGGACUUUAUUGGAAGUUCAGCAAUUUGUAGUGGUGAUUGAGUUCGUUUCUAGGCAAAACAAUGAGAGGUGGACUCUUCUGACUGUUUAUGGUCCUUGCCAGGGGGAAGCCAGGGAUAACUUUGUCACCUGGUUGUAUCAUCUGAAUAUUCCUGUGGAUGGAAAUUGGCUACUGCUAUGGGAUUUUAAUUUCUUGAGAUCUUUGGAUAAAAGAAACUUACCUGGUGGUGAUUUGAAUGACAUGUUCAUCUUCAAUGAGAUAAUUGGGAACUUGGGCCUCUUGGAGCUACCCAUCAAAGGUAGAUCUUACAGUUGGUCAAACAUGCAGGAUACCCGACUUCUUGAGCAGCUGGACUGGUUCUUUACCUCUGUUGAUUGGAUAUCUGACUAUCCCAUGACUGAGGUGCUACCUCUUGCCAAAACUGCAUAUGAUCAUGUGCCUUGUGUGGUCACAAUCAAAACUUCUAUUCCCAAGUCUAAUCUUUUUAGGUUUGAGAAUUAUUGGCUUGAGCUACAUGGUUUUAUGGAUUGUGUUGAUUCUUCAUGGCAAAAGCAAUCCAGGAAGGGACAUAUUACUGCUAGGAUAGCUGAUAAGUUUAAGUCCCUGAGAAUAUGUCUUAAGAGAUGGCAGAAGAAUAUUUCCAAACUGAAAACCCUGGUCUGCAAAUGUAAUAAUGUUAUUGUGCUCUUGGAUGAGCUGGAGGAAUACAUGCCACUCUAUAGACAUGAAUCCAAUUUCAGAAAAGUAGUUAAAGCACAUGUGGAGAAGUUGCUUCAUCUCCAAUGUCUUUAUUGGAAGAAAAGAUGUACUAUCAGUUUAAAGCUGUCUGAUGGUACUGUGGUCACUGAUCAUUCACAAAUGGAGGGUAUUAUCUGGAAUUGUUUUCAAAACAGAAUGGGUUCUUCCAGGGGAAUUGUCAUGGGUCUUGACCUCUCCUCCCUCAUUACUCAUGUUGAUGGUUUAGAUAUUCUAACUAAGCCUUUUGAGAAAGAGGAAAUGGAUAAUGUUUUAAGGCAUAUGCCUGUGGAUAAAACCCCAGGUCCAGAUGGGUUUAAUGGUCUCUUCUUUAAAAACCAUAGGUUUCAAGAGGUGAUCAUGCAGUGUGUUCACAAGAACCAGUAUGGUUUCAUAAAGAGAAGAACAAUUCAGGAUUGCAUUGGAUGGACUUUUGAGUAUUUGCACCAGUGUCAUCAGUCCAAGAGACCAAUUAUAAUACUUAAACUGGACUUUGAGAAGGCUUUUGAUUCCCUUGAGCAUGAGGCUAUAGUGCAAAUUUUGAGAUAUAAGGGCUUCAAUGAGAAGUGGAUUCUUUGGAUGAAGCAGCUUUUGUCCACAGGUACCUCAUCUGUUCUGCUUAAUGGAGUUCUAGGUAGGAAGUUCAUCUGCAAAAAGGGUGUCAGACAGGGUGAUCUAGUCUCCCCCCUCCUUUUUGUCCUAGCUGCUGAUAUUUUGCAGACUGUCAUUAAUGACAUGUUUAGAAGAGGCAUCCUUCACCUCCCCAUACCUUGUCAUGACCAGGAUUACCCUGUGAUUCAGUAUGCUGAUGACACACUGAUUAUUUUGCCUGCUGACAAGGAUCAACUUGUAGCUCUGAAGGACAUGAUGAAGAUUGGGAAAAUGCCUUUUACUUACCUUGGGUUGCCUGUGGGAACUACAAGGCCAAGAAUGGCUGAUUUUAUGCCUUUGGUGGACUGCAUGGAGAGAAGAAUGACAGCUAGCUCCUCUUUUUUAAAUCAAGGAGAAAGAUUGCGUUUGGCUGUUCCUGUUGGAAUUUUGAAACAACUGGAAAGAAUUCAGAGGCAAUGCCUCUGGAGGAAAAAUAGGAGUGAGUCUGCUCCUUCACUUGCUGCUUGGGACCUUAUUUGUAGGCCAAAAAACAAGGGAGGUCUUGGUAUUCUCAACCUUGGUGUUCAGAAUGUAGCUCUUCUGCUCAAACAUGCAAAUAACUUUCUCAAUAAGAAGGAUCUUCCCUAG